CUUUUCUGCUCGUUCUGCGAUCGAAUCUCGCGUUCUCUCUCCUCGCUUUUCUCGACGAAAUCUGUCAAUGUGGGGAGACGGUUUUGACCUCUCUCGCUGAACAAAGAUAACAUUGCAUGCAUGUUCUUAGCUCUCGAUUUUCUGGUCGCGAAACGUCAUUUUUGAAUUUUUUCCUCAAAGUCCACCUUCUCUCUCCUCUUCUCUCUCUCACCGGCCUGACUCAGGUUGCGGCCACGGCGCGUUCGGCGAGAGUUAUCCCCACUCUCGCCGUCUUGUUUGUUCCUUCCUCUCUGGCUGCUUCUCUUCUGAAAGUUACAUGUCACCAGCAGCUGUUAUUUCUUCUCGUUUGAGUCGGACUCGCAGUUCACUUCGAGCUUGUCGCCUGACUCACCAGGUCUCCUCGUCCUCCUUCCCGCGCGCUUCCCCGCUUGUCGUCGUUGUAUGUUCAUCUGCGGAGUCGCGCCUUCGGCCUUUCCUCGAGUCUCUUCGACUCUCUUCUUGAGCACCCGUGAAGAACGUUUCGGUGGCUCUGCAGUCUGGAGGCACUUACACUCCUGCGUCUUCUUUCCGAAUUUCUCUUCUUCGCGCCUCGCCGUCUCCCCGAGUUUUUCCUUCGUCUCCUUUCGGGAGUUCGCAGUCGCCUCUCGGCCGUCUCCUUGCCCAGACUUUGCACUGCACAGUGCGUAGAAGAACGAAAAAUGUCGAAGAAAUUCUACGAUCGCCUCCUCAAGGGCAGCGGUGUACAGUCUCGCCCGUUCCACUCUUCCUUCGGAGCCUCCAUUCUGAAGAAAUUUGGGUGGGAAGAAGGCCAGGGCUUGGGGCGCGAGAACACCGGCCGCACCGACUGUCUGCAGAUCCGUCGACGCGAGGAGAAUGUUGGACUCGGACAUUCGGACGCGAGCGAGACGAAGGGAGAAGACCAGUGGAAGAAUUGGUGGGACGCGAUGUACAAUUCGAUGGCUGCGAAACUCAAAGACGGCAAAGGCGCUUUUCACGCGGCGACCGAGAGCGACUCAGAUUCGGAUUCGAGCGCUGAGGAGGACGGAGGCACAGACAGAUUUCGGAGGAGGUCGUUAGUGCGUGUCUCACAGAAGCUCUCCCGACAGAAGGCCCCUGCGGAGACAGUCGGAGACAGUGUGUGCUCCGACGGGCGCGCGGAAGAGAGCGAAGGAUCCGAGCAGGAGUCAACAUCUGCAGAGACGCCCUCAACUUUGUCAGAGACUUCUCCAGUGGCUUUGACCGCUUCGAAAAGGACCGAGACCGCUUCUAUGUCUGCUGAAAAGGUGAAGCAAGAGGGAGAAGCGGAGGCGCAUCCGGCACCUCGAAAGAAAGAAAAGAAGAAGAAGGCGAAGACACCUGCAAGCGACGCAGCGGAGGAGGCCGCUGGAGGAUCAGAGGCUAGUGCUGUCGCCGAGGAAGGUGACAAGGAUGCGUCGGAGAAGAAGAAGAGAAAGAAGAGCCGCGAGUCAGAGCGCGAAAGCGAAGGGUGUGAUGCGGAGCGUGUCUCGGUCGAGAAGAAGAAGAGACGGAAGGAGAAGAGGCAGCGAGAACAAACGGGAGACGGUGAAGAGGAAGUCGGGAGAGACGAAGGACAGGACGAACCGAGAGAAAAGGAGAAGAAGAAAAAGAAGAAGCACAGGGACAGCCGAUGAGAAGGAAGGGCGAGGCAUGUCGAUGGGCGCGAUGCUGCAGAGAAGUCGUAUCUGCAUGGCGGUGGCAACUUCUUGGCAUUUCACGAUGAUGACUCGAAGGCUGCGGUGAUUCGCAUGUCGCCUGCCGUCUUCAAGCUCCCCAGGAGCCGCGUCGUCUCGCUGUGCCUCCCCUUCUUGUCCUGUUGUGUCCCGUCUGUUUCUUGUCUCUCUUCGCUUCUGUUCCUGCUUCGCUGGUCUGCCUGUCACAUGCCUCUGUGUAUACCCUCUUUUGUGCAUGCACACUGUCAAUGAAGAGCAACAUGAACUGUCAAGAAGGUACACGCACCUUUUCGGUUCGUUUCUGAAUGUGUUCUUUCCCUUGAGGAAACCCGCGUCUGGUUCUCGUUGAGCGUUUAUGGUUUACCCUCGUCCUCUCUCUACAUUUUGAGGUGGUACAGAGGGUCACCGCGAUGCGCUUUCGAUCGCAGCACGUACACUCCAGUACAUCUGCCUGCGUAUCUAUGCGGGGCAUUUGCUUAUAGAGUGCAUGUCUGCGCUUAUAUGAAUUUGACAACACAUCAGUUGCCCGAUUAGCGAGCUAUGGAAGACACGCCAGAGUAGGCGAUGCCUGUUUCAAGAGCUGCAAACGUAAGUACGGGACGACUUGUGGAGACUUUAAACGCGGCUCUGAUCGCCACCCAAGGCAGUCAAAACGUGGAUCUCCUUAGGUGUUGCAUGUAUGCGGGGAGUCUUCGUGGACGUAACCCUUGACAGAAUGUCUACACGGUAGAAAGUGUAGACGAGGCAUUUAGCGCAUCCGUGUGGGAUAGCUCUCUUUUAUGUGGUCCAUGGUACAUCCUGUCUCAAGGCAAUUCCGUAGACUUACAGCGCUCCGAAUCAGUAGCAGUCCUCCUGUGUGUCGAGGGUUUUUCACUCUACCUUGCAGGUCUCUCUGUCAGUAAACUGUGACAAUUAGCGGGAUGCUUAUGCUGCCUGUGUAACCGUGUCGAUGAACGGAAGCGCUCCGUUGGAGCUCUGGCACAACUUUUCUCCUGAAGGUGUGUGUUUCAGUUGUGGGGAGACUUCCACGGUCAAACACCUGACAGGAUCCUCCGUCGCCC